AUGACACGACUCAGACCAGCGAAUGCCUUCUGCCCCAGGAUAAAAGACGUUUCUUUGCAGCAUCGCUUCGCCUCCGCUGUGGAGCUUCCAUCUUUGGAGGUGGUCUCGACUGACCAGACGUUCCGCGAGCGCUUCACAUCGGAAGUGAUGGUGUCGGGAAAGUCCAUGUACAAGGUGCUGAACUUGCGAGGGCGCUGUUCGUGCCUCCUUGGCUGUGGGUCCCGUGCCUGGGCUCACAUGUCGAAGCUUGAAGAUAGGACCACCGCAUGCUGUCUGCAGCCGUUGACGUCUAUGGAGUCACGAGACAGUGACUCGUGGGAUGUCUGCGACGAAGGUUUGGUUAGCAAGCCUCACAAGUCCACCAGCGCAGACCUUAUCGAGUUAAACUGGCCCUGCAACAAUGGAGACGUUUGCACGGAGCCUGCACAAGAACAGCUUCAAAGUCCAUCCAGGCAGGAGCGCGGGCUGCAGGAGGGAACUUGCAAGCAGUCUAUGCACGUCGUCGUCACCGAUGCGGACCGCAAGCAACACUUUGUUCGUUGCACAUCCCGCGCCAGUGGCGUGUCCCGCGCGACCGGAAUCGAAUCAGUAGAUUCUGCAGGAGCGACGAGCAAGUCCGCCAGCGGCGCCAGCGAAACAGAGAGUGAACCAUAUGAUGGCUUCUUCGGAAGUUGGAGACGAAGCUUCAAAAAGGCAAUUUUUGGAACACCUUCGUCAAACACGAGCAAGAGCGCGCAAGAGACUGACCUUCUGCCGGAAGAGGACUUUGUAUUGAAUCUCUUGGAGUUGAGCCUGGCAGUCUGUGAUGCAAGUGCUGAGAUCUUGCAGGAGUUCGCAAGAAAAGCACAACAGGAUGGAAAGAAAAACUAUAAAAUGCUGAAGCGCCUCAUUCGGCUUGGCCGGACCACUGGCUUGAUUCUGGACUCAGGUGGUGGCACCGUCGCUGGAAGCAUAUCUUCCCAGUUGCCUAUGCCUGUGCGAGAUCUUGCCAAAGCUUUCAUGAAGGACGACAUGACCGAAGUCGAAUGGGUAGCCGGCGAGCAAGAACCUCCCAGCUGCUGUACCACGUUUGAGCUUUCAGAGACGGGGGCUAGUCCCAAAGAGGGAGACAGCAACCCCGACCCGAGUCAGCAGCCGCAAAGGCCGGCUUCUUUGAGGCAUAGCUCCAGUUCCGGCAGUGAAGCUGUGGCUGGACCUCCGCGGUCUCCAAGGCUUGGUCACUUGAACCACAGCUCAAGUGUCAGCAGUCAGGAUGGCACUUUGGGCCUCCCAGUCCCACGGUCUCCCAGGCCUGGCGGCUUGAAUCACAGCUCAAGUGUCAGUAGUUCCGACGGCACGCUUGGCCUGCCCAGGCCUGCUCACUUGCAGCACAGUUCCUCCACUGUGAGCAGCUCCGACGGAACCUUGGGCCUUCCCAGGCUGCUGGGACUGAACCACAGCACCUCGAACGUCAGCAACGCCAGUUGCAGGCAGGCGAUAAACCGCAGCUCAUCCAUGGGCAGCGAGAAGGGAGACACUGCGAGUGCAUUCUUACGGAGGCAGUUCGGCAGGAGGAGCAGCUCAAAUUGUAGUACUGGCAGUGUUGGUGGAGGUGGGCUUGGAGCGCUGCAAAGGCGACUGGGGUUGAUGGCCUCAGGCAGCUAUGUGCACAACGAGGAGGGCAUCAGACCGCUGGGCUUGUACCGUGGCACUUCCAACGCCAGUAGCGUGAUCGAAUCGGAAGGCAUGAGGAGGCUUCCUUUCAACCGGAGCUGUUCUAACUUCAGCAAUUUCAGCUGCACAUCCUUCGUGGACUUCAAUCGAAAGCACGGGCUCGGUGGCGUGGAGACGCCAUCCUUCCUCCAGUUCCUCGCCACGGUUCAUGAUGCAGGCAUAAUGGCUCAGCAAGGCAACCGCCCGCGGCGGUUGCAGAGCAUCCAGGAGAGAGAACUGGACGAAGCGUUCAGCAACAUCCAUGAAGUAGACGACAUGGAUGGGCACGACCGAAUGUCUUACCACUCAUCGCAAGAAAUGGGCAAGGCGUCGGUCUUUGAGAUGAUCACUGCAUCUGGAUCUGUGACUUUGUCUACGCGGUGCUUGAAGACCCAAGCUGCCUGGCAGCGCUCCCUUAUCGAGCAGCAGAGGUGCUUGCUGGGUCUCGUGUCGCGAAAGCUUCACAAAGCAGAAGAAAAGACUCGGGUUGACACGGCCGUCAGCGAAGAUCAGCGCGAGCUGUUGCGGAACUUCCGAAAGAUAGUUACGAAAGACAUGGAGGGUGAGGAAGCUGACCUUCAAGGACGUAAGGUAGUUGUCAUCGUCGUGGAGAUUUCCCCGGUUCUUCGAGCAGAAGUGGCGCAAUUGUGUCAGUUGCUGGAGUACCCGUGCACCACUUUUGGCAGCCUGAAAGCUGCAGCUGCUGAGAUCAGCAACAUCAUGGAGAGUGUUGGCGCAAAAGCCGCGGAAUCUCCAACUUUCUUGGUGUUACUGGGCACAGCAUGGCUAGAUCGCGACCUUCCUGUUCAAAUGAAGCAGGACUCUGUGUACGUGACACUCGCGAGCCAAACGGAGGAGCUGGAAACGGUCGGAAGUGAGCUUUGUGCUUCCAGUGACGACCAAAUUCGCCUCCUGCUGAAGGAACGAGGCAUCCGGGAGUAUUUGCUACACCCACUAUCGCUGGAAGACGUCCGACGCACAGCGGAAGCUGCUUUGCAGCGACGAUGGGCCGAGGAGUUCCUGGUCUGCGAGACUCUGGGCAGAGGGUCUUCUGGAGUGGUGCAUCGAGUGAAACGCCUCCGAGAUGGGCGAAUGUUCGCCAUGAAGGAGGUGCCGACUCGGCUUCUUCGUGAGAAGGAUCGUCAAAGCCUGCUACAAGAGGUGGCCCUGAUGCAGAAACUUGCUUGGCCAACGAUCGUUUCCUUGACUACAGCUUGGGAGAACAGGCAGCAGCGUUUGCACUAUAUGGUAAUGCCGUUUAUGGAAGGUGGGUCUUUGAAGAGCCGCAUCUCUCAAGCCCUUCUGCCUGAUGCAGAAGGCAUGGACCCUCUGACACGAAGCACCUCGAGCUUCAGCAUACGUGAGAAGCACUUGGGAGCCUGGUAUCUGCAAUGCCUUCAUGGUAUGGCCUACCUGCAUUUGCAGGGAGUGUUGCACAGAGACAUCAAGCCGGACAACUUGCUCCUUGGGCAAGGAGGCGUCUGCCUUCAGAUCUGUGAUUUUGGCAGUGCCAUGCGUCUGCCUGGCAAGGGGCCUCAUCCCCGCAAGGACGCAUCUGUGGAGGCUCCCAUCACCACUCCUCUGUACUCUGCCCCUGAGGUGGCAAAGUGGCAUCGCACCUCUGCGGCUUCGGACAUGUGGUCGGUGGGUGCCACCUUCUAUGAGGCAAUCACUUUGCAAACAUUGGCUCCUCCGCGCUUCGGUGGGCCGCAGGAGCUUGGCUCCUGGCUUGCAAGCCUUGCGGACUCUCUAUCGGUGCAGAGCAUCAGCACAGUCGCCACAGGAUCUCCUUCCAGCUCCGGUGAAGUGCCAUCAGACGAGUUGCGCAAAGCGCUGGAGGCGCUGGAGCUCACCGCAGGAAUUGCGACAGACUACGACUUUCGAGAACAAGGCAAACUGGAGGAGAUUAUCUGCGUACCUUUCGACCAGCGGCCCUGUGCAGCUGCAAUUCUCGCAGAAAGAGGGAAUCUAUCCAUGCUGCGAUCCUCGUUAGUUGUCUCAAAGUCAACUAGCAGCGACGUGCAGACUCACUUGAAGGAGACGAACAGGAUGCUGAGAAAGUCGUGUCCAUUGGCUUGCAACCGCUUGACACAGAAAGUAGGUCUUGGAGUUCUGGUUUCCCGCGCUGGAAGCUUCUCCUUGUCAGAUGCAGGCUACGCUUUGAGCCCCAUCAGUGCACGCUUGAAGCUGGCUCAUGUACCAAGCGAUCAGACGAUGUGUUUUCGCCUCGAAGUUGCGACUCAGGAGGUGAUAGAGCUGUCCAUCCUCCGUUCGCAAGUGGCGCACUCCUUGCUCCUUUGGGCAAGUGCAGCCGCUUCUGCCUCGGCGCUGUAUCGCAUAAUGGUCUCGCGGGAGGAGGAAGAGCUAGUGCACAAGGAUGUCAAAGCUUCGCUGGAAGAGUAUGGCAGCCUGUACGAGGAGAUACUGAAGCACAGGAUGCAGUUGCCAGCGCAAGAUGCGCAGCCUCUCCCGCAGAAGCUGCAGCGCUUCCAGCACCUGGAGGAUGCACUGUCCGUGCGCCUUCUGGCACGCCAGCAAUUGCUCGUCCACAGCAAGGUAGACAGCCUGGGCGUUUCGUUGGACAUGCUCAGAGAGGGCGGCACUUCGAGUAGCGAGCAGAUGUCGCGUGAUGGCCAUGGCGGCCAUGAGGAUUCCAAGCUGGAGGCCGUGGAUUUGCCACAGCGACUGAAGUUUGAGCUAGCCACUGGCAAGAUGUCCGUGGACCUGGUGGAUGACCGUUUCGACGAGGCUCAGCAACAGAGACGACAGCUGUUGAGCUUAUCCCUCCAUGAAGCAAGCUGGGCGGUUGAUAUCGACAUGCUCACGGACAGCGUCGGAAAAGACGCCUUCGAGUGGCGCGUGGAAGGAAAGCUGAAGACGUUUUGCGGCUCUAGCAGCAUGCAAGAGCGGCCGCGCACAAGCAAUUGA